ACCCAUCGACACAUAUCGAUGGACUCACCGUCGCAGUUUAGAGGCUCUUAAUUUGUAGAUGUACUUCCGCCGCGCCUUCGCCCCGCGGCAGCUGCGUAGCGGUGACGGAGCAGCGCAGCGGUGACGGAGCUGCGCCGCGUCUCUCCUCCGCAGUGGAUCUCUCCGUGUCUCCGGGCUCCGCUCACGGUGCUGCAGCGGCUCACCUGACCGUGCCACGGCGCUCUCCUCCCGGCUGCGGCAGCUACGCUGGAGCGGCCCGAAGAAGCAGGCGGAUUAGCGGGCCGACGGGCCGCUGCACAAACCGGACUCUGACACUAACCCUGAAGCUGGACCGGUUCUGCAGUCUUGAUGGAGAGCAGCUAACCACCAUCUGCAGUGGGAGCAAGGACAAAUCAGCACCGAACACUCUAACAGAACCUCAUUUUUUUACGAAAACGGGAUCAUAAUGGGUUCUGGAUGAUCCGGAUCAGAGGUCUGAGUGAUCCGGACUAAAUCAGUAGAGGUGAUACUUCGGCUGCAGGUAAACAUCUGAGGGAUGGGUUCACCAGGAUUCACAACUGAAACAAGGUGACCGAACUGCCCAGUUUACAACCGGAGCAGAGCCGUCCUGCAGCUACAGCUCCAAACCCACAUGUUCCGUAUCUCGGUGGAGUUCGGCUGCAGGUAGAGAAACCCGGAACCAUGGGUACCCAGGGGCCCGGUCGAAAGAGGAUCCCGAACCGGGACAAGCAGGCAGCGGAGGACGACGCGCUCAGCCAGAUAGCGCGAGAGGCCGAGGCCAGGCUGGCAGCGAAGCGGGCCGCCAGAGCCGAGGCCCGGGAGAUCCGGAUGAAGGAGCUGGAGAGACAACAGAAGGAGCUGUUUCACAGCACCAAGAAGUAUUAUGGUCUGGAUAAUAAGUGGGGUCACAUCGAGCAGUGGAUGGAGGACAGUGAGCGUUACUCCCGCCUCUCUCGGAAACACGCCUCGAUCUCCGAUGAUGAGGAGAGGAUGUCUGUGGGCAGUCGAGGCAGCUAUAGGCCCUCAGACUAUGGUGGCCUCCUGGGCUCCAGCUCUCGGGCCUCCUCCAGGGCCAGUUCAGCCCGUGCGAGCCCUGUGGUGGAGGAGAGGACAGACCGGGAGUUCGUUGAUAAGGGGUCCAGGACGGCGUCCACUCUGUCCGCCGCCACACUGGCCUCGCUGGGCGGAGCUUCGUCACGCAGAGGAAGCUGUGACACGUCGUUCUCCGUAGAAACAGAGGCAUCAAUCAGAGAAAUGAAGGACUCCCUGGCAGAGGCAGAGGAGAAGUACCGCAGAGCGAUGGUCUCCAACGCUCAGCUUCACAACGACAAGACAACUUUGAUGUUUCAGGUGGAGAACCUGAGGGAGGAGCUCAGUGACAUGGAGGAGCUGCUGUGGGAGGCCCGACGCCGCUGGGAGGACUCCAGCAAGGAGCUGGAGCGCGAGCGUCAGACUCACAGUGUCCUGAAGGUCCAGUUCAAAGAAAUGGAGGACAGUCUGAGAAGAACCAACGAGCUGCUGAAGGAAGUCUCUGAUCUGCGUCUGAAGAGCAGCAGUUACCGUCAGGAGGUCUCCGACCUGCAGGAAGCUCUGCAGUGGAAGGAGAAGCAGGUCACGGCAUUAGAGCGCCACAGAGAAAUCUCCGACAUCGUUCGGAUCGAACGCGACGGGCUCAGAAGCGAGGUGGUCCGACUGCGAGACUCACUGAAGAACCAUGGAGUGGCUGUCUCUCCUGACAGCACCCCCAACGGUGACGCAGAACGGGCCGAGGAUGAUUCUGCCUGCUGCCUGGCGGAAGACUCGCCACCGAGCGGCAGAGAGAGCACGCUCGGGAAAGCUUCAGAGCGGCAGCCAGCAGAGGGCAGCAAAACCCCUCAAAAUGACCCCAGAGACAUCAAGCGGACUCUGAGCGCGAUUUCUGUGAACGACCAAACCAGACCGUCCAGAGAAAGAUGGAACCCGCCCAAAAAAUAUCCAGCCAGAAACCGGCAACCACGGAACAAGAGAGGUGAAAAGGAUCCGACCAAGAAACCUCCCACCAGAGUGGAUGGCAGCGAAGCAAAUAAGAAACAGCCCGGCAAAGACAGAUCUGGAGAUCCAUCUCAGAUUUCUGACAAGGUCUUUAAAGAUAAGACCACACCUGACAGUAACUCUGAUUCUGUUGGAGUCAUGGAAAUGGACAACUUAAGAAAAAUGGGAGAAUCCACCUCAAAGAUCUUGCCGGUUCGCAAAGUCUUAGCUGAAAAGGUCUUCAGAUCCAAACUUGUUCCACCUCGACCUUCUAAAGAGAUUAUUCUGGAUAAUCGAGCUGUGGUAUUGGGUCUUUCAGCUGCUGGAAAACUGAACUCUCUGUCUGAAGAGACAAUAAACCAGGAUGUCUCUUUGGUUCUGGAAAAUGAAGCUUCUUCCUCUGAAACAGACUUUGAACAAAAGGGUAUGUGUACUUUAAAUCUGGGUUCCCAGAGCCAAGAUGAAGACAGGAACCAGGAAGGUGAAGUUCCAGGUUUCAGUGGAGAAGCUGGAGCAGGGACCAGCGAAUCAAAGGGUGAGACUCAAGGUACUGAAGAAGGGUCCGGCGAAAGGAAUAGAACCAAACUGGAAACUAAAGUAUAUGCUACAUCUUCUCCUGAAACCUUAGGAAGACCUGAGACAUUUCAGGACCAAAGCACUGGAGAAUCACUCCGAAGAGCUGCUCAGAUACAGAAAGCUUGCCCAGAACACCAAAAGAGAACAUCAGCCUUUGUUCCAGAGGACAUGUGGACCUUUCUGGAGACAACUGUCCAAGAUUUGCUCCAAGGCCUGGAGGAUAAACCAGGGUUUGUGGUUGAAAUGUCAAGAAUCUUCUCAGAAAUCCUGAUCUGUCUCCAUCAGUGGAUCUCAGAUUUGGAAAACACAUUAAGAAACCGCUCAGGAAAUGAGUCCUGUCUGAAUGAUGGAGGUGGACAUGAGUCAACGUGGCCAGUGAUGGGUACCAGACUCUCUACGAAGAUGUGGCUAAAUCUGACAAGCCUAACCAAAGAAACCGCAGAAGGUUCUGGAUGUGUGGAAGGACAUCUGGCUAGACAUUCUGCUUCACCAAGAGUCAGUUGCUCCUCAGACAGAAUGGAGGACUGGUCUGGUUCGUCAAAUAGAGUUUGUUCAACUUUUCACCAUCAUGCUGCCACCAGAGAGAGAGGAGGGACCAGGUCCAAACAAACGGACCUGCAGAUAAAUGCUGCGUCUGGAGCCACUCCUGCUGAAUCUAGCUUCAAUCUCACUAGUUCUCCUUCAAGAAACACCUCAGUAGACUUUGUCUUUGUUGACUCGUACUUUGAUGACCCUCGCAAGAACUCAACGGGUUCCAGGUCUGAUCUCAGUUUGGGGAAGAGGUCUGAUAAUCAAACCCAUCUGCAGGUUUCUGCCGGAGAUUCAAAGGAGCUGAGCGGGAACCGCAGCAUGUCAGCACACUCUAACGUUGGACAAAGUUCAAAGGUCAGGAGAUUCAUGGAGGUGACCGCUGAGGAAAUCAGAGCCUUGGCUGUUCCUGAACUGGCUCUGUUGGGCCUCCAGGAGGGACAACGGCUGGACGGGUCAAGUGUUGGUUCUGUGGAGGCGGUGUCGGUUGGAGACAUGGACAGCUGUGAGGAGGCUGAUGAGGAGGAAGAGGAGGGUCAAGAGCCUCCAUCACAGCAACAGAAGCUGGCCAUGAUGGAGGCUGAGGUUCAAAGUGUUCCAGCACUGGGCAAUGCGGAACCAGAGACGGAUCAUGAGGGACCCAGUUUGGACAACAGGAAGAAUGACAAUACAGACUGCAAGAUUUCAUAAGCCCAGGAGCACCUUCUGCUGCUGGUCCUCAUGAACCAACCUUCAACAGAAAACGUGACAGUAGCAGACAGAAAUAUUUAGGAAACAGACGGAAGAAAACAUGCUCACUGUUAGUUCUGGACGGGUCCAGAAGAAAUAACAUGAAUGAGUUAAAGGUGCGGAGUGACUGAAGAUACGUAGAAAUGAUUAGAAGUGGACAUUUUGAAGGGACUCAUCUGCUGAAUAUGAUUUAUUUAAGUUCCUUCUGGCCAGACUUGUUAGAGAAAUCUGAAGAUAACGUCCAGAAAUAAAGGUUCAGCUGAAUCCUA